AUGGCCCAGCAAGGCCAGCCCCAGCCUCAGGCCGGCCAGGCUCCGGCUGCCCAGAACCGACCGCCCAUGUACCAGCCCGGCCAGAUCAAAAACCUGCCAUACCUCAGCGAUGACGAGAAGACCAAGUACGAGCAGGGACUGCGGGGCCUGUGGACGAAGAUGAACGGGUCUCCAAGCAACAGCCCAGACCAGAUCGCGGCUCGACAAAAGAUUAUCGAGUUUUCCAGAAUGUUGAUUGGCAAGAUUCAACAGCGGAGGACUCAUGCUGCUCAGCAACAACAGCAGCAACAACAGCAGCAGCAGCAGCAGCAGCAACAACAACAGCAACAGCAACAGCAACAGCAACAGCAACCCCAAGCCCGACCUCAAGCAGGACUACCUCAGGCACAGCUGCAGACGCAACCAAAUGCUGCCCUCCAAGCUCAGGCCCAAGCCCAAGCACAAGCACAAGCACAACAGGCUCAGCAAGCUCAACAGGCCCAGCAAGCUCAACAGGCCCAGCAAGCUCAAGCCCAGGCUCAGGCGCAACAGGCGCAACAGGCCCAGGCCCAGGCUCAGGCUCAACAGGCUCAACAGGCUCAACAGGCUCAGUCGCAAGCACAGCAACAGAAGCCUCAGGGAACAGGAGCAACGACAGCGGCUGCCGCUGCAGCAGCACAGCGUCCCAAGAUACCCGAUGCCUACAUGCAGCACGUCAACAAGAUGACAUUCCGACCUCCGGUGCAGCUUGCUGACAAGUCCGCCGAAGCUGCCAAGUGGAUAGAGGAGAUGAGGGAGCGCUAUGCUCGGGCUCUCAUGACCAUGGAAACCACCAAGAACAAGGUUGCACAAUGGGAAAAGCUGCUCAACGACCGGACAGCGCAGGGCAAUCCCCUCAAAGAGGAAGAGGUUCGACAGAUUCAGUUGAGAAAGGAUCAGCAACUCAAGCUCUACGCCGAAGCCCACAAAUGGGUGGAGGGCGUUCGCAAGCAGCAGGGAAGCCUUCAGGGCGCUGGCCAGGCCCAGGCUCACGCCAACCAAGCGGCAGCUGGCGCAGCUGCUGCGCACGCUGCCACCCAGCCCGGCAAUGCGACGCCACAUCAGCAGCAGCAGCAGCAGCAACAACAACAACAGCUAUCACAGCAGCACCAGAUGCAGCAGCAGCAGCCACCGCCGCCCCAGCAACCACAGCAGCACCAGAUGCAGAUGCAACAGCAGAUGCAUCAGCAGCAGCAGCAAGCGCAAGCGCAUCAGCAGCAGCAGCAGCAGCAGCAACAGCAACAGGUGCAACCUCAAGGACAACCUCAGCCACAGGUGCAGAUCAAGACGGAGCCGCCGCGGCCCGCACCAGUCAACACCGCCCUCGCUUCGGCCGCUGCACAGGCCCAGGUUGCUCAGCAGACUGCAUCUCCUGCUCAAGCCGGUGCCCGAGUACCAACCCCACAAACUGCAACACCCGUGGCCGGCCCAGGUCAACCCACACGAGCCCUCAGCCAUUCAGCGGCAAUGUCCCUCGCUAACCAACGAGCGACGGGAAACACGCCGGGAAGCGCACCGCUGCAGAGCCAGCAGCCCGCAAACGUCAACACGGCCGCCGUCACGGCUACCACGACCAACCCAAACAUGGGCGUGUCGGGGUCGCAGCUUCAGCAGGGCCACCCGCAUGCUCACCCCACGCAGCAGCAGACUACUGUCCAGCCCAAGAUGCCGAUUCCCAAGCAGCUGCCGGAAAAGGCCACUGCGGUACCCCAGGGAGUGGCCGUGGGUGGCGGCGUUGCCCCGGGACGGCCAACCAUGUCCCAGGGCGGUGGAACGGUGGGAGGUGUCAUGAACCAACCCGCAGUGCCCCGGAUACCGGCAUACAAUCACGACGCCGAGGGCGACCACGUUCUCAGCAAGAAGAAGCUGGAUGAGCUCGUGCGCCAAGUUUGCGGAGGAUCUGCAGAGGGUCAAGACGGCAAUCUCUUGACUCCAGAGGUCGAAGAGAACGUCCUGAACCUCGCCGAUUCUUUCGUGGAUAAUGUCCUUCACGCGGCGUGUAGGAACUCCAAGGAACGCGGGUCCAAGGUCCUCGAGAUACGCGACAUCCAGCUCAUACUGGAGCGAACUUACAACAUCCGUGUUCCAGGCUAUUCCUCCGACGAGCUGCGCACGGUGCGCAAAGUCCAGCCAUCGACGGGCUGGAUCGCAAAGAUGAGUGCUGUCCAAGCCGCCAAGGUGAUGCCGGGCAAAGGCGAGUAA